AUGUCAACCGCUAUUGCUACCAGCCUACCCCGCACUAUGGCUAUCCCUCGCGACCAGGAAGUCAUCGACGUCGAUCUCCUAGAUGACGACGACGACGACGACGUUGUCUUUCUCCACCGAUCCGUCAGACGGAGGCUUGACGAAGACGGGAGCUAUGUCUCUCCCUCUAGCUCGUCGUCGCACUCGACCCGAGGCCGUCUCAUCUCUCCGCCCCCUCCGGCACGCUCAGGCACCAUCCCUCCCGUGCCCCCCAUUCCAGCAAAUCUACGGUUCUCGCGUUCUCGUUCUAGAGAACCAUCUGCCACAGGCCUUAUUAGGCCGAACGAACGGCCAUUUUCAUUCGAACACCGCUUCCGUCCACAGACGAGAGCUCGAGAGAACGUACGCAGCCACAAUGCUCCCGCUCCAGCGCCAGUACCUGCACCUGCUGCAGCUCGCCCUUCACACCACGUUCCCAACAUGGGUUUCGGUGGAGCCAUUCUUCGUCAGAAUGCGGAGGAGGCUACUCGUAACAGAAGCAACCUAGGCUCUGGCUUCCUCAACCGGUUAUUCCCUCGCUUCGGCACAUGGAUAGGUUGGGACGAUGGCGAUGAGGCAAUGGAAGAUGCUCUCGAUGUUGCCGCGAUGGCUCGCGCCGGUGGUGACCCGCACUGGUCGUUACAAGCUCAUGACGCUCUUUUCAACGCACCUGGCGAUCACUUUGGCUCUCACUUCCGGCGGAAGCAGCCAGACUACAAGCCGAUGUACACACAUCCUAGACUCCCUGCGGAUGGUUUCACGCAUAGUUUUGCUCCCCCGGCUCAAGCGCUUACCCCGCCUUCGGACGUCAUCGAUCUCGACGAUGAACCUGGCCCCUCUUCCCCCACCACAGACAUCAACACCACCCUUGUCUGCGCGAACUGUCUCCAUCCGUUAGUCUUGGGUGAUGGGGUUACUUCCGACCAAGAAGCCAAAGAUAGGAAGCUCUGGGGCCUUCGUUGCGGCCAUAUCCUCGACGGUAAAUGCAUCGACAUCGUCAUGAGGAAGCCUAGUACUCCUCCGCCUUCAGACAUAGCCGGGGAGGAUGUGGAGGUAGCCGCUGAGCGUGUGGAUGAGGCAGGUGACGACGUGGAGAAGAAGGGCCGAAAAGGGAAAGGCAAGGCUGUGUCGCAGCUUUAUCCCUGGUCUGAACUUGGACUCCAUUUGGACUCAGAAGGAAAUCUCAGCACUGUCGGGAUUCGUUCGCGCCUUCGUCCUCGCAACAACUCCGGUACCGUUGUUUUCCCAUCUGUCUCGACCUCUCCUUCCAAUGAUACGGACUCCGCCGAUCCGAGCAGCAACGUCACCGAUACUUCAUCGGCCAGCACGUCUUCGCCUGUGCGAAGGGCAGCACCUACUUCUCCCAUCCAUCGUCGUCUUGCUGCGGUUAGAAAUGGCAGCCUUCCGAACGCUCGGGCAGGGUCCAAGGGGAAGGGGAAAGGCAAAGGGAAGGUCAGAGAACCUCGAAUCGAAGAGCGGUACGAGUGGAAAUGCCCCGUCGCGAAGUGUGGUCGUACGCAUGUCAGCCUCAAGCUCGAGGGAAAGGGAUGGGUGAUGGAUGAGAAGGCGGGGGCCAUCGGCGUCUUUGUGUAA